GCUGAUAGCACCUGUGUCUGUUAGACGCAAAACGUACAUGUAUAGUUAUCAUCGGCUUAAAGUACGACGCUUAUAGAUGAAGACGACUUUGUGAUAAUGGAGUUUGGGAUCACCUUGUAUUGCCGUUCGUGGUUUGGGAUUUAACAAUGUGAGGAAAAUACAGAAAGAUAAUAAGGAUUGCGGUUUGGAUUUUACUUGAAAAUGAAAUUUAGAGAACUUGAAGAAAAAUUUCAGAAUUGAAAGUUCACAAUAAAAAUAGGCAACGCUAGUUGGUUUAUUUUAUAUUGAAAGAAAGAAACAAAGAGGUAAACAUUGACUGAACUCUAAAAUGUCUGGAUUGCAAGGUUUGAUCAUGAAGAACAAUAAAUGCUCACUUGUUUUAAGAUCUUCAAGUCUUUUCGUAAACAUCAACGGAUUUGUCGCGAGUACAUUGGCUCGCUUAUGUUAUUUCAAUCAAUUUGAUCAUGAAGGCGAGGCUGAAUUCGUGUACAAUAAUAACGAUACGUUCAUAACAGAUCUCCGAGUGACAAUUGGUCGACAGAAAAUACACAGAACUGUCCGCGACUUGUUCUCUGAGAAGGAAAUAGAACGUUUUCAGUGUUGUCAUGCGGAUCAAACUGACUUUGUAAUUAGCAUCGGAAAAAUCCCUGCUCAUGCGUCAAUCUGGUUGGAGGUUGAUGUCUUAGGUGAGCUGCAAACUGAAAACACUGAGCAAGCAUUAGUUUUUAAAACACCAGAAAUUUUUACCCCCUUCUCCAGCGAGUUUUGUGAAAAGGACAGCACAAAUCAGGCCUAUAAAUUUGAUAUAAAGAUUAGAAGUGAUAUGCCUUUUCAGCUGGCGGGAUGUCAUUCUUCUUCUCAUGCCAUUCAAGUUGAUGCAGAUGCUGAUGCUAUGAGUGCAGAGAUUGUCGUUAUUACGUUAGCUGAAGAAUUUGAAUACGAUAGACAAAUCAAAGUAUGUUUUUAUCCAGUAAAGCCGCUUGAUGUUUAUACAAGUGUUGAAACCGUUACUCUUCAGGACAACGCGAGUUAUACUUCGCAACGAACCAAAUCUCGAACUUACUCUUUCUCCCAUACAAACCAACGCAGGCAGUCAUUUGAAAAACGCGAACGUUUCGGCAACGCAAAAGGUCAAAAAAGCAUUUUAACAAGCGACAAAAGAAUACAAGAAGAAGUAAAAGAUUUAGCGACUUCAAGAUCAAGCCAAUUCUACCGUGAUGCAAUCAUUGCUACAAGUUUAGUUCCAGAUUUAUCAAACUACUCUGCCCACGGAGAGUACAUAUUCAUGCUUGAUCGAAGUGGAAGUAUGAAUGGCUCGCAUAUUUGUAAUGCUAAAGAAAGCUUGGUGUUAUUUCUCAAAAGUCUGCCGAUAUCCUCCUACUUCAACGUUGUGUGUUUUGGUUCCUACUCCCGCUCUUUAUUCCCCUGUAGUCAGAGAUAUAAUCGCGAUAGUUUAGAAAAAGCUUGUGCGUAUGUGAACAGCAUUAGAGCAGAUAUGGGCGGCUCUGAGCUCUUGCAGCCGAUGAAAGCAGUGUUGGAAAAGCCACAUAAAACUGGUUACGUAAGAAAUGUCUUUGUACUAACUGACGGAGAUAUUGCGCAGCCCGAUGCCAUUAUGAAAUACCUGAAAACGACGUGCCACAAAGCAAGGAUUUUCACAUUUGGAAUUGGUCCAAAGAUUUCCUUCAAUACUGUCUGCAAUAUUGCAAGAAGUGCCCAAGGAAAAGCGUAUUUUUCGGAGGAUGGUACCAAGAUUCAAACCAAGGUUAUUCAAUGUCUUAAAGAAAUUCUGAAGCCAACACUGUGUGACGUUAAAGUGGACUGGCAACUACCAACAAAUUGGCAGCUAUUACGAGCGACUCUCGAAAUGCCCGUUUUAGUUUCUGGAAAACGGAGUAACCUGUACGCUUCAGUACAGUUACCACCAAGAGAACAGAACCAAGCAAGGUUGAGAAGAAAACGAAAGUCAAGUGUGAAAGAGUUUUGGUUUGAUGAAGAACUGGAUUCCUGCCAACUCGGUGAUAACAUGUUUUUUGACGACUUCCAAGACAACGGGGAAUUCUCUGGAUACUGGGAUACAGAUACGGAUGUAUCGGUAUCGGAUUGUGAACAACAAAACAACGUGCAACUCGGAAAUGAUAUGGACGAGUGUUAUGCCGGAAGCAGUCCUGCAAGAGAUGAGAUCAGAGGUGAUCAUGAAAAGUUGAAUUUAGAAAAGUCCGUUGACGUAUUUGAUAACUCAAAGAAGACUGGAAUAGAGCAAUCGAAUGGCAGUUCAAAUUCCGUCAAAAAUUGGCAAGAAGUGAGAAACAUACACUUAUAUUCAAGUGAUACGAGCACAGAAACGGAAGAUGAAAUUCAAACAGACAAGAAUGGCGAUAUUUUUCCACCUGAAAAAUAUCUCAUUCGACGAAAUCAGGAUUGGAACUACAAUAAUUUUUUUGUAAACUCGGACUCGGUCACCACUUUUAGAGGAUUGAAAACCAGUGAUGAUGUUACCAACAAAUUUGCUUACGUCACAGAGUGGAUAGGCGAUAACAAAGGUUUAUUGACAAGCAUUACUGAUGAUUGUUAUCAACAAAGUAAUAACGCAAUUUGCAAAGAUGUAAUGCAUCGUGACCUCAUGCAGAAUGACGUAAAAACUGGUUACAUCACGAACAAUGGCAAACAAGUUAAUGAGAAGAAAAAACAGAAACAAAUGUUCGCUAAUAAGAGUGAAUCAGUCAUUGAUAUGAACAGCACAGCCCGUAUGAACAAGACAAGCAAGGAAAAUGUCAUUGACUGUGAUAUUCCAGAUGAUUCCCUAUGCAGCCAGAUUGAGGCUGACGACGGUAUAAAUGAUCCUGAGAGAGGCUAUGUCUUAAUAUCUGGUUAUAUUGGACCGGAUAUCCAUAGAGAAAGAAUUGUACUUUGUUUAAACACAAAAACAUGCUGUAGUAUAUCGCUUCAUCAAAUGGCUGCAAAGAGCUUUAUUAAUGGUAUGGAGGUCUUAUUAAAUAACACAUGCAACAAUGCAGGAUUGGAAAGAGAGAUUGUUGAGUUUAGCAAAGAAUCAUGCAUUUCUUCAAGUUUGACAUCAUUCGUAACACUUGAUGAGAAGGGAAAUAUCGUCGGCGUUUUUCAAGACUGCGUAGGCUCAAAUUUCAGACGUCAAAAACAGCUUUCUAGGUAUUCUCCCAAAUCAACAAAAGGAGAAAGUAAUCCACCAACUAUCCUUAUUAGUUGUCCGAGUGUUGACGAAGAAUCACGCUCGCCUAUCAAGAGGAGAAUCGGAGUGUCUACGGAGCUUGAUCCCAUUUCAGACGAUGUGAAAUAUUACCGUAUUGAAAGAUUGGAUCCUGAAGGAUGUGAUGAAAUAAUACGUGAAACUCGCCGGAAGAGCCUCGUGGAUUGUCGUAACAUCCCAGUUGGGGCGAUUCAUCGUAGGAAACUAGUGAACACAAGAUUGACCUUGCUGUCCAGAAAAAUGAGGAAUGCUCACAAAUUGAAUGUUUUUGCAGGUCCACCGUUUAUUCGUCUUAUUUUACUUCAAUCAGCAGAAGGAUUUUGGCAACUGACCUAUGCCUUUGCUCGUAUAAUUGGCCUUCCUUUAGUUCAAUUAGAACUUGCAGCACCAUUUGUGGAUUCAACAAUGAUUCCUUUGGCAGAACAAGAUGAUAGACUGGGGAUAGAUUGUUACUACGACUCGUUGGCAUUAUGGGCCACUGCUUUAGCCUUGGUUUAUCUUAGAAGAAAAUGGAUAAGCCAUGAAGAAGAUUGGGAACUAAUAGCUAUCAAAGCUACAUCAUGGUUACAAAAGCAGACUCUCCCACCGGGGUUUGGGUAUAUAGAUAUCAUGUUAGCUGCAAAACAAGCUGUAGUUUUGUUAGAACAGAAGUACAGGUCACGAGCGAAAAGCGAACCAGUUGGUUUGAAUGAAUAAAUAAUAUAAAGGAGAUCAGAAAUAGCCCAUUUAUUGCAAACUGUUAACUAAAGAUGAUUCUUAGUACGAUUAUUUGUUUACUAAACUGUAUCAUUUCCACUUUAUCUCUGAAAUAGAU